AUGAUUCUCGAAGUCAACACAUUUGUGGAAGAUGGCAAUGCUUGCUUGGACCAGUUGUGCAUGUGUCCGUGUGCGCUUGUGUAUGCUCUGCACGACGAUGAUGAAGAGUGUAUUGAAAAGCUGAUUUCUGCACUGGACGCCAUUCCUCUUCCGAAGAGGCUGCAAGAUGAACCAUUUUUAAUGCCUGUGGCAUCGCGAGUGUCGAUCACCGGAAGGGGAACAGUUAUCGUUGGGACAAUAGAACAGGGCAAGCUGAAAAAGGGUGAUAAGAUUGAAAUCAAAGGCGAAGGCGAGUGCUUGAAUUCAGUCGCCUCUGAUAUACAAGUCUUCAAGAAAAGUGUCGCUGAAGUAAGUUGUUCACAUUUUGAUUUUUCAUUAAUCCAAGUAAAUUUUUGUAACAUACUGGUCAACCGGCGUCGGACAACGAGGACGGCAUAG